AAAAACUUCCGCCAUCCCUCCUCUGAGACUACGUUUACAUUUUCAUCUUUCAACAAACCUUCACCAUCCCCUAUAAAGAGGUCACCUUGCCUCCCUUUUCCAAUUGGCUCCCCUUUUCUAUUUUCACUGGAAGAGGUUUCUUUCAUUCAUCUGGCCAUCUGCUGCCUGCCUUAGGGAAGACUCCAGUCUCACCUCAUCCCCUUUAUGAGAGCUGCCCGCUACUCUUGAUAUCAUGGAUUCUCAGUCAUACCAGCCGUACCAGGACGGUGACGGACAGUCUUCUCAGUCUAUUCUUGGUCAUUUAUCUCAGUUCGGGCAGAAUGCCUCCAACAACAUCCAGAAGAGCUUCAGCGACAUGUCCACACAAGGCUGGCUUCGCCUCAUCAUGGUUGUAUGCACAUACUUGCUGAUACGACCGCACAUUAUCAAAUACUCAACCAAGCAUGCUGUCAAGAAGCUGGAAGAGCAAGAUGCGAAAGACAAGGAAUACGCCAAAGAGCAGGUUGCUAAAAUGUCGCCAAAUGACCUGCGUGGCCUGGGUUCGGUGGAAGAAGAUGUAGACGCCGAUGAGGGUGCCGACGGAUCCAAGGCUGACUGGGGCUCAAAGGCACGAGUCAGGCAGAGGAAGGUUCUGAGGAAGAUUCUGGAAGCCGAGGAGCAGCGACGGUAUGAAGAGGAGAGCGACGAAGACGUCAGGGACCUCUUGGAGUGAGCAAGGGCAAAUUGGCUGGGCCGGCAACAAUCAUAUUCGAUUCCUGCUGAUUUUGUAUAUUUGCUAUUGAGACUCCUUGUUGCAAGCAUACCAAUCUGUCUGGGAGCCGUAAUGGGGCUGGGGUCUAAAAGCUCGGAGUACUCAAAAGUCGGGUUGGGUGGAUGUGGCCAAAGUGGCCUUAUCAUGCAUUACGUCUUACAAAAUGUUUAUACCUAAUUUAUACGCUACGGUCUCAUGAAAUUGGAAUAAUAAUAAUAAUAAUAAUAAUAAUCACAUAAUUCAC